CCUCCAUCCACCCCAGCACUUCACGUUAUCAGAUCACUUCGCGCCCGUACUUCACUCUGGCCUAGUCAACACUAUCGUUUAUCAAGAUAUCAGGCUUCUCACGUUUGAACCGGCCUUGUGUACCUGGACUUGGCGCUUUCGCAAUAGCGUCACACUCAGGAUUAUCGAAGCGCCUUGUGCACAGAUAAUGCUCUUCACGAGAUCACAUCUUCAGGCGUGUACUACAUAUCACACAACCGUUUAACCAUUACCCAAGUCUUACAGACCCGCCGCUUCACUCACCCUGAAAGCCUCACUUUUUGACCGCCACAAAAGGCAACAACGCGACACGCUAGUAAACGCCACAUUUGAUAUCAUUGAAGUCGACAUAAGACGACAGGAAGUUAUCAUAGACUUCUCAAAUAACGCAUUUCGGGUUCCCCAAAGGCCUCGGAAGAUAUGAUGUCUCACGCAAAUCUGGUCAUGGCGUGUCAAUGGGGGUGGUCCAGCACACCUGACUCAGAACACGCACAGCCUACCACCUCAACCGCGCCACAGUCCACAUCAACCACACCCUUCAAUAACAUUCGGAGCAAACGAUUUGCACCAUGUCAGGGCCGUCUCUAUCACCAGUUGCUGUGUUCACAUCGUAUUCGGACCGAUCUCGUCGAAGACUGUGGCGGCAACUGCGUUGAGCCUUUUGGAAAUUCCACGGGCCUUGCGUUCGUCUGCAAUGAAUGUAUCCAGGAAGAAGCUAUCGACAUUUGGGAGCAGCGAAAAGCGCAACACGGCGCAUCUUAUCCGCCUAUCGACCAAAUGUCGAAAGAGCAGUACGAUCUAUUCUUUGAGGAACGCCGAUUGCUGGAAGCUGAGUUUGCACGAGAGCACAAGCUCUACGAAAUGGAAUUGAAGGCCAACAUGCGGCCAAGCAACAUCUGUUCCGCACAAGAAGCGAGCACAGAAGAGACAGAGUUUGCGGCUGAACUGGACUCUUUAUCACUGGCAAUGAUGUCUUCUGGCGAUGGGGCAGUUCAACAUCAACUUGCGCAAACUCGCGGUCGGUCCAGCUUACCAAGCGACGCGUCUGAACAGCUGCACUGGACCCUGAACUCGCUUGCGCUGGAUCGUGGCGCAUGUGGCAUCGAAUAUUCGACAUCGCAGUCUCCGAACGGCGUACCCUCGUUACGGCAGAUGAACGAGGAAGAGCUGUGGAAGAAGCCGCGGGAGUGAGCGGACGAGGGCUAGGACCGACAUGAUGACGUUCACCCGACGCAAGGCCAGCGUACCACCAUGUCUGCGAUUGAUGAUGUUUGUUAGCGGCAUGGAUCUGGAGUUUAGCGGCAUUUACAGGUGUUGACUGCGUAGCAGUACGCAAGAAUUGAAUCUCUACUUCAAGAU